AUGUACAUUAUCCCCGAAUGUUGCAUAUGUAGGUUAAGCUUAAAAAACAAUCUGUGUGUAGAAAAAAACUGCGGAAAUAUUUUCCACUACAGUUGCAUGAAACAAUGGAUAGGGAUCCAGAAAUCCUGCCCUUUGUGCAAAUGCACAUGCUGCAAAAAAAACUUGUUGUUUAUUCACUACGAAAUAAAUGAGGAGAAUAAAAUUAUGAUGAUGGAUGAAAACUACAUUAACAAAAGUAAAAAUGAAUUAUAUGAAGACUUGGUAAAAUAUGAAGCAGAACUUAUAAAAAUGCAAAAUGAAAAUGAGAAAUAUUCUCUAGAAAUUUUAACACUGACAAAUAAAAAUAAAAUUUUAAGUGAUACAAUAUGUAAAAAUAACAUCAAAAUUAAUCAAGAGCAAUGUGAAAAAUUAAAAUUAAAGGAAUUGAAGGAUGAAUAUUUUAAGGAUAAAAUACUUCUGACAACCAAAAUUGAGGAAUAUGAUAAGGAAUUAAAAAAAUACAAAAUUGUGGAAAAAUAUUUAGAGGAUUUAAAUAAAGAAGAUUUAAAUCAAAUUAAUUUGUUAUUUGGUUUCAACAUUUUAACAAUAGAACAACAACAAAAUGUCAUUCUUAAUUAUAUUAAAAACUCUUUGUCCAAUAAAAAAAAAAGUGAAUUAACUGUUAAGCAGUUAGAGGAAAAUAUAAUCCAAAAAGAUAGCCAAAUUCAAAAAUUGAAGGAAAAGCUCUAUGCCUACAGACUCAAUCACGACAUGGCAGAUGAAGACAGCAAUGACAGGCCUCUGGCAAAUGAGCAGCCUGGUGAUGGUGGUUCAAAGACGAUUAAAAUUAAAAGUAAAGUAAUUCGACGGAUUAAGACACUAAAUUCUGGCAGAAAAACAGACGUCAGCAGAUCAGGAGGAGUCACUUAUAGUAAAUCCAAAACGAGUGGUACUACUGAGUUAAGUGAAAAUCAAUUAACGCGCAACCCGUUAAGAAGUAGCCCUAUAAGAAGUAGCCCUAUAAGAAGUAGCCCUAUAAGAAGCAGCCCUGUGAGAAGCAGCCCUGUGAGAAGCAGCCCUGUGAGAAGCAGUCCUAUGAGAAGCAGUCCUAUGAGAAGCAAUCCGUUAAGAAGCAAUUCCAUCAACAGCAACUCUCACAACAGCCAAGACUUCAUCAAUUUUAUCGACAAAAAAAUUAACAACUCCAACUCCCCUGAACAUAUUAAUGUUACCCCCCAAAGAAGGAAGUUUCAUUCAAUUGAAGUAGACAUAUUUAGAAACAAAUCCGUGGAUAAAUUUUUUAAUGAUCUCACCGAAAAGAACAAUACACAGGAAGGGAAGGACUUCACUGAAGUAUACUCCAUCCCAACCGACUCGGGGAACACAAAAAGUUCGAGCAGUAGCUACAAACCACAGACAGCAGUUUCUUCCGCACUCAAACAUGUCUGUAGUGUUAAAACGAACAAAAGCAGAAAUGGGAAGUCCUAUGCAAAACAGUCAACCAAAAUAACGGAUUUUUUUAAGCGCGUCUGA